AUGGGCCGCGGGGCCUGCGCCCCCACGGAGGCGUCAGGGGUUCCAGGACAGGGCCUCCGGCUCGGAGCUGUCCUGGGCGCCCUGUGCCUGCUCCCCGCGCUAGUGCUGCUGGCCCGGUGGGGGAUCCCCGCGGCGCAGGGAGAUGUGGAAGUGUCUGAGCUGGUGGCUGUCCCUGCCAGCACCGUCCCUGGCCCACCACUCCCUCAGGGACCCCGCCGACGCCGGUACACAUUGACCCCUGCCAGGCUGCGCUGGGACCACUUCAACCUCACAUACAGGAUCCUCUCCUUCCCACGGAACCUGCUGAGUCGCAGUGAAACCCGCCGGGGCCUGGCUGCAGCCUUCCGCAUGUGGAGUGAAGUGUCUCCCUUCAGCUUCCGAGAAGUGGCUCCUGAGCAGCCCAGCGACCUCCGCAUAGGCUUCUACCCAGUCAACCACACGGAUUGCCUGUCUUCGGCCCUGCACCACUGCUUCGAUGGCCCCACGGGAGAGCUGGCCCACGCCUUCUUUCCCCCUCACGGUGGCAUCCACUUCGAUGACAGCGAGUACUGGGUGCUGGGCCCCACGCGAUACAGCUGGAAGAAAGGCGUGUGGCUCACAGACCUGGUGCACGUGGCAGCCCACGAGAUUGGCCACGCGCUGGGCCUGAUGCACUCGCAGCAUGGCCGGGCCCUGAUGCACCUCAACGCUACUCUGCGAGGCUGGAAGGCGCUGUCCCAGGAUGAGAUGUGGGGGCUGCACCGGCUCUAUGGCUGCCUGGAUCGGCUCUUCGUGUGUGCGUCCUGGGCACGGAGGGGCUUCUGCGAUGCCCGACAGAGGCUCAUGAAGCGACUCUGCCCCAGCAGUUGUGACUUUUGCUAUGAGUUCCCCUUCCCCACAGUGGCUGCCACCCCACCACCCCCCAGGACCAAGACCAAGCUAGUGCCUGAAGGCAGGAACAUGACCUUCCGCUGUGGUCAGAAGAUCCUGCACAAGAAGGGCAAAGUGUACUGGUACAAGGACCAGGAGCCCCUGGAGUUCUCCUACCCUGGCUACCUGGCACUGGGUGAAGCACACCUGAGCAUCAUUGCCAACGCCAUCAAUGAGGGCACCUACACAUGCGUGGUGCGCAGGCGCCAGCGCGUGCUCACUACCUACUCUUGGCGCGUCCGCGUUCGGAGCUAG